AUGGAGAAUAACCCAUUUAUGAAAUUCCCUCCUGAAGUUGUGUGGCACAUUUUCGAACACGCUGCGCGCUCGUCGACAUCGACUUGCAAGACCCUUUGUCUCGUCAACUCAUGGUGUCGUCAACUGGUACUUCCGUACCUCUUCUCGACCGUCAUCUUACCGACAGAAGCAGCUGUCAAGGACUUUCGUUCCAUGAUCUUCCUUCAGGCGAACCCAAACGACGACCCGACGGCUACUCGUGUAAGCCAGAGGCUGCGCCUGCCUGACUUCGCUCCCUCCGAGCACGUACAGAAUUUAUGGAUGGAAGAAGCUCACAGUGGCGUUCAGAAGGUCAUGGAGUCGUGUUACAAUGCAGAACACGUCGCGAUGGAUCAAGAAUCCUUCCUGCACUUGAUGUACAUGCCACUGGUGCGCUCGUAUUUCACCCCAGAACCUUCUCGCCCAGAGAGAAGCCACCCUCUGCAGGUAGUUGUCAUUGACUCCGACAGCCGAUGGAACAGGGCGAGUCGACAAGGACGGUUGCAGGGGCUCCUCUCGACCGGGCUCUCUCACAUCCGCCUGGCAAGCCCGAUGGCACGCGAUAGUGACGCGCUCGAUAUCGCUCCCUUCCCUCAACUUACACAUUUCGCAAUGCCACUGUCUAGCUGCCUCGCGCAAGAUCCUGAUGUGGUGUCUCGGCUUCUGCAAAAUCCGACACUGAAAAUGGUGGUGUGUGUCAUUAGUGGAGCGAACGAGCGGGAGUUGGCGAGGGUAUGGUGUCGGGAUGUUCGUAGAGGGUGUACCAAUGCGUACUUGGUAGAGUCGUCUGGGCUUGACCUGCAGGAACAGUGGGAGGCUGAAGUACGAGGCGGUAAAACUAUCUGGGAGAAGGCCCUUGAAUACACUCGGAGGGUCCUGGAGGCGGACGAACCUGCGUAA